AUGGCCAUUCAGAAAGUCGCAGUCGUUGGAAGAACCGUGAGCAACGAACUGAUCCGCCAGGGCUCUGGUCUCAUCGGAUCAAAAAUCGUUGACAGCCUCCUCAAAGCUGGCUUCGAAGUGACAGCUAUCACCAGAAAUGAGUCCUCUGCAACAUUUCCGAGCAAAGUGGUCGUGAAGCGGGUCGACACCACCUCCGUCGACUCAGUCAAGGAAGCCCUGGCUGGUCAAGAUGCAGUCGUAUCAGCCGCCGCAACUGCUGCUGCCGGAAGCCAGAAGGUCAUUAUUGAUGCCGCUAUUGCAGCUCAAGUUCCACGAUUUAUUCCAUCAGAGUUCGGAAUUCCGUCUCGUCAGAAUCGCGACACCAAGAUUGGAAAAAUUCUCAGUGCGAAGAUCCAAAAUACUGACUACUUGAUUGAACUUGCUGAGAAGCAUGAUUGGUUCUCCUGGACUGGCCUCUCUAAUGGAUUGUUCCUUGACUCGGGGCUCAAAAGUGACAGGGGAUUCAUCAACAUCAGAGACCGCAAGAUUCGCAUCACCGACUCAGGCAACGAACCCUAUUCCACAACUUCACUCGCCUUCGUGGGCGAAGCUGUAGUUGCCAUCCUGAAGAAGCCAGAAGGGACAAAGAACAAGUAUCUCAACAUCGCCGGUGUUACGACAACUCAGAAUGAAGUUCUGAGGAUUGUCGAGAAGCUCACUGGUGACAAGUUUGAGGUUUCUCAUGCCACUGGCGCUGAGCAGGAGAAGAUUGGAGACGAGAAGAUUGCCAAAGGAGACUUUAGUGCCUUUGGUAAUUAUCUAGAGCAGUUCCUCUUUGCCGAUGGUGCUGGCCAUGCGUUGAAGGGUGACGAGAAUGCGAUUAGGUUGCUUGGGCUGAAGGAGGAGAAUCUCGAGGGGGUUGUCAAGAGUGUUGUAGCUGAGAUUAAGUAA